ACUGAUCGGCAAUAGAACCGAGAACCUUCCCUUCGCCGCCUAAAAUCUGCACUACACUAGAGUACACCGGCCCAGAGGACUCAUCUCAAAGGAAUGGCGAGCCCAAUGGUGGCGGCUCCAAUCCGCAUCAACAGCCUCAGAUACGCCCCUCCUUCCCCAGCACCCAGAGGACGGUUCGUGGCGGCGAGGGUGAGGGCGUCGGCGGAGGCGAUGGCGACGGAGAAGCUCGGCGUGAGGGUGGAGCGCAACCCGGCUGAGUCCCGCCUCUCGGAGCUCGGCGUCCGCCAGUGGCCCAAGUGGGGGUGCGAGAAGAGCAAGUUCCCGUGGACCUACUCGGCCAAGGAGACAUGCUACCUGCUGCAGGGGAAGGUGAAGGUGUACCCGGACGGCGAGGAGGGGUUCGUGGAGAUCGCUGCCGGGGACCUGGUGGUGUUCCCCAAGGGGAUGAGCUGCACCUGGGACGUCACCGAGGCCGUCGACAAGCACUACAAGUUCGAGUAGCUCUAGAUUGAGGUAUUUGUAGCCGGAUUGUGUGAUGCUCGACUGAAUCUCUUCUCUUGUCGUGGAAUAAAAACGCCGGAUUAGUGGA